AGUUUAGUUACGUAUACAUAUAUAUAUAUAAAUUCUUCAGUGUACACUCACGUUGCAACAUUUGACCUUGAGAAAUGGCCUAUCGAGCUCUGCUAAGCAUAGCUCAGUUGAGGUUCAGCAACAAGAACUCAGAAAUGUGUACAAAACACCGACGGUAUUCAAAUGUCGUACCCAUAGGUGCACAAUUGGCACUUCAAAAGUCCUACAACAAGGGUCUUGCUUUUACAAUUGAAGAGCGUCAGCGUCUCGGAAUAAACGGUCUAUUUCCGUGCUCUAUACGCACACAAUCGGAGCAGCUGUUUUCGGUCUCAUCCAACUUUUUGUCGCGUCCCACGGCUAUAGCGAAAUACCGGUACAUGCUAUCCUUGCGGCAGCGACACGAGAGCCUUUACUAUCUUUUCAUCGGCGAGCACAUUGAGGAUGUAUUACCCGUCAUCUACACACCCACGGUGGGCGUAGCGUGCACCGUGCUGGGCCUGAUAUUCCGCGCACCUAUGGGAAUGUUUGUAACCAAGUACGACCGCGGCCACAUUUCUGACGUUCUGGGCAACUGGCCCGAGUCCGAUGUGCGUGCUGUGUGCAUCACUGAUGGUGAGCGGAUCCUCGGCUUGGGUGAUCUGGGUGCCAAUGGCAUGGCCAUUUCGCUCGGGAAAAUAGACUUGUAUACGGCGCUGGCCCGUAUUCAUCCCAGCUACCUGAUACCUAUCUCGCUGGAUGUUGGGACAGAUAAUGAGCAGCUACUCGCCGAUCCCUUGUACAUUGGAGCCCGCGACAAGCGUUUACGUGGCAAGGAAUAUGAUGACCUCGUUGACGAGCUUAUGGAGGCGAUUGUGAAGCGCUGGGGUCGAAAUACGCUCAUACACUUUGAGGAUUUUGGCACACCCAAUGCCUUAAAGUUCAUCGAAAAGUAUCAGAAGAGUCACUGCUGCUUCAACGAUGAUAUUCAGGGCACCGCGGCAACAGCUUUAGGUGGCUUUUUGGGAGUCUCUCGAGCCACUCAAAAGCCGCUGAAUGAACAUGUAUUUCUGUUUGUGGGAGCAGGCAGUGCCAGCCUGGGCAUAGCCAAUUUGCUAAUGAAGCAUCUUAAGGAACAUGCAGAUGCACCGGAAGCUGGCCACAAAAUCUUUAUGUGCGAUGCCGAAGGUUUGAUCACCAAGAGUAGAAAGGACUUAAGUCCAACGAUUAAGAGAUUUGCCCAGGACGUUCCGGAAACAGCCCAGCUGGAAGAGGUGAUGAAAAUUGUCAAUCCAUCCAUACUUCUAGGCGCUACAGGCUCGAGUGGCAUAUUCAAUGAAAACAUUUUGCGCUUCAUGGCAAAAAAUCAUGAGCGUCCGGCCAUUUUUGCGCUCUCAAAUCCAACGGAUAAGGCUGAGUGCACGGCAGAGCAGGCGUUCAACUUUACAGAGGGUCGAGCCAUCUUCUGUUCCGGCUCGCCAUUUCCACCCGUGGUCAUUAACGGCAAGCGGCACAUACCUGGCCAAGCGAAUAAUUGCUUUGCAUUUCCUGGAGUGGCACUAGGGGUUCUGUGUGCCUCCGCUCGUUAUAUCCCUGACGAGGUGUUCAUAGUUGCCGCUCAAGUGUUAUCUGAGUUUCAAUCCGACGAGAACGUGGCUCAAGGCAUUAUCUAUCCACGCAUCAAGGAAGCACCGGAGGUGGCGUUCCAGAUUGGCGUAAAAGUGGCCGAAUAUAUUUUCAAUGAAGAUCUGGCCAAUGCCAGUCCAGCUCCGGAAAACAUAUGCGAGUUUGUACUUGGUCAGCGUUAUAAGACCGACUAUGAGUCCGCACUUCGACCAACUUGGGAGUACCCCAAACUUCCCCAUAUCCCACUACCCAAGGAUCCAGAUGUAUUAUUGAACUCAUAAAGGAAUGAGUUGGCUUUGCAUCAUUCUUCACACGCAUUUCAAGACAUCACAUAUACAUAAAUUAAUUUUGCCCAUACUCCAACAUAUAAUAAAGUAUAUCAAGUAGCGGUAAAAAUUGAUCAUGAA